AUGUCCAACUACCAGCCACUUCACUUUGGUUUCGAGCUUGAGCUAUCUCUUAACAGCAGCAAGAAGCACAAGAAUUGGCUUUCCAUGGCGCAAGAUACCAGCAGUCGCUUGACCAAGAAAGGAGUCAGCAAUCAUGUCAAGGAAAAAGCUGAUGGGAACUACCGCAAGUGGUCAAUUGUCCAGGAAAUCACUAUCCCCCAGAACCCUGCCAAGAACAACUGGGCGCUGGAGUUAGUUUCUCCUGUCUUUAACCUUGAAUCUCAGUGGCUCUCCGACAUAGACAACAUCUUUUCUGCUGUUCAGAAGCACUCCUCCGUUCAACUGCUUUCCCAGUGCAGCACUCACGUGCAUGUCAGUCAAGCGGACCAGGAGUAUUCCUCAUUCCAACUAGCCUCGUUGGGCAAGGCAAUCCUGACAUACGAGCCUUGCUUCGAUGCCCUCGUUCCGAAGGACAGAACUUCCGUCUACUGGUGUCAGAGUAACCGCCGAAACCCGGUGCUGUCUAGGUGUCGGACCCUCGAAGACUGUCUCGACGUCCUUGACGUGGCCGCCCAGCACGGUACUACAGCCGUCGUUGAAGCCAUGUGCCUCUUCCCAGCAUCAAGCGCGUAUGGACGAGCACACGGAAGGAAGAGGGAUUUCGUCCACGGCAAAGUCUACAAGUGGAACUUUGCACGCUUGUUAGGGCAUGACACCAGCCGCACGAUUGAGUUUCGACAACCUUCCGGCAGCACUCGCAUGGAAGACGCCAUCGGUUGGGUUCUGUUGACGUUGGCUUUUGUCGCGGGCGCAACUGGAGGCGGGAACUGUAUCGGUUCGUCAGAGAGCGGUGGCGAUGACCGGUUGGAGUUUUGGCAUCUUCUGUGUCAUGGCGCUGGGGUUCUCGGACUUGAUCCCUUUCUACUUGAUGUUUUGAGCGGGUUCAUCGGUCGUGCUGCGACUUGA